GUCCUCGAAAACCCAGGAUACACAUAGCCAGAGGAUAAGAUCAUCAUUACCGAACGCCGUCUUGAGCGAUUUCAGGAGGCGUUUGAUCCAUUUCUCAGCACGAGGGUAGAUAGCCUUCAGAUGCCAAAGGUUAUAAUAAUCGAGCAGCACGGCGAUCUUGCCCAGCGUCUCGAGAUUGGCCCUCCUUGGUGGUGGAAUGAUCGAAUCAUCACCGUGGAUUUCAAUCAAGACGAUGAGCAAAGCAUCAGCAUCCCAACCCUCAGUUAUAAUCUCGUAGAAUCCAUCGUUGUUUUUGGAUCCUUCCUUCCAUCCCCCAGUAAUAGCUGCUUCGUGAGGAGACUCGGAAUGUGACAGGGACGCUAUUGCUUGGGGUCGGGUCGAUGUCGUCUACCCAUAUAGCGA